UUAGCAAAUUAACGACACGAGUGCGAGUUUAUUUACGUAACUUGCGCAUGCGCAUGCGCAGACUCCCCGCGUUCGUCCCGUUAUAUGCAGCAUCGGGGCGUGUUGUGUAUUUCUUCGCCUUAGUUUGACUGGAGAGAGACAGAGGGAGAAAGCCAGAGAAUGCGCAUCUCGAGCGAGUGCAGGCUGCGGUGGCUGGCUGGAGCGGUGUGCUGGUCGGCUUUGCUCCUGGCGUCGCUGUGUGGUGCAGCAAGCCGCAAUCGAUGCCUCAAGAAAAUGUCAAGCAGAAAUUUGGCUCCUGGGGAGGAAUUCCGGGAGACGAGGGUCUCUCUUAACUGCGACAGGGGAGACAUCAAGUGGCUGGGUGCGAGAAAGACACACAUUCUUACGUUCACCAAGGGCAACCAGGACCUUGUUGUCUGUCUAACUGUCGAGAGACCAGGGGCACGUGUCUACCGCCUGAAGGGCACCCAGCGACUGCUAAUUGCAGGAGAGAACCACACUGGAUUUGUCGACUGCUACGAGUCGGAAUGCAAGCAUGUGUCGUUUCGGUUCCAAGUCAGCGAUGACUACAGUGGACCCACCAAUCUCUUAUACUCGUACAGUGGCUACAUUGAUAUCAAGUGUCCUGAGUGCUCUGAGACAUGCCAGACUGACUGCCUCUGCAGCUCUGAGUUUGCAUUUCAUGGGAAACUUGUGAGAUCAGUGUACAGAACCAACACACAUCUCAACUAUUUCCAAGUGGCUGAGUUUGUGCGCUACAACGGAGAGUACAGAAAACCAACCUUGGUGCAUCACACGAGCGACUGCCCCAUCGUUAGUUCAAACUUAAAUCCAGAGAACGGCACAGAGUUGGUGGAGAUGCCCGGGCCAACUUUGGAAGAGAGAAUAGCGGCGGAGAUCCCGGUCAGUGGGACUGUGAGGGUGAUAGCAAAGUGUCCGCUGAAGCCGAACAAGACUUAUUUCGUGUCCGCACGGCUGCACAUUGCACCGAGUGGGCGACCGAGGUUAAUAAUGUGCUGCCAACACUCGGACGAGCAUUUCGCCGAGGCUCACCUAGAGCACCUCAUUCUUAGACAAGAAUGCUGCAGACACGUGCGAUCACCUUAGCUUAUUCUCCAAUUUGUCUCGCACUCUUCGUUUGUGUGUGCGCCACCUUUGCACCUAGUGCCGUGUGAGUAAACUUUAUGUUGUGUAAUGGGUCAAACAAAAUCAGUCAUUAUUAUUUCAUCAUCAGUUCUGAAACUUCACCAUCCUUUUAUAAUGGAUAUUACAAUUAUACACCUCACCACUCUUUUAUAUGAUGUCUCCUACUGUAAUACACCACUGUGUCAGAUUGACAUUCUAAGCAUUUCAUGGUUGUUUUAGGUGGCAGGUUCAUGUAAACCAAUUUGUCACAUUACAUGACAGUGAAAUA